AUGCUUUUAUCCCAGAUCACAAAAUAUUGGGAAGUCUCUAUUCAAUUGAAACAAGGUAUUUUCUCUAAAGCACAUGAUUUAAAGGAUUGCGAAUUCAGCAAAAUGGAGUACACUCCAAGCGAUUUCAAGCAUGUUUCGAGAAUCGCUGAUUCGGUAAGCAAGACUUUCGAACCUCAUUCUCAAAUCAUCAAGUUGGUUUCUUCCAAUUUUGAAGCUACGAUGAACCAGAGUGAUCAUUUGCUCAAGACUUUCACUCGAUUCGUUAGAGUAGGGUUGAAGAACAUGAUAAAUGGUAGCUUACAUCCAUUCGCUCGGUUUAUCCGUUUUGAAUUGGUGAGUUUCGCGUUCGAUAUCUUAGGUUAUCAUUCUAAACUCGGUUCCAGAAGUUGUGAGGGUCUCACUGAGCUUAUCUUUGACAGUUCAUUGUCUUGGUUUCAGUCGAGAUCUAGCUACCCAUUUGGUAAUAACCGCUUGAAAUUUAAAGCCGACUUUGUCUUGUUGAAGGAAGUCGCGGGUCUCAUCUCUCGUACCAACACUUUCAAAAAGGUCACCUUGGAACAGAAAAAGGAAUUGUUAUUGUAUUUUUUGGAUGAUGAAAUCUCUAAGAUUGGUGUCUGGUUGAAUCCUAUUGGGCCAGAGGAUUCGCGGGGCAAGCUAGUUUCUGGUCAUGUAGGGACUGAGCACAUUUCAAGAGCUUAUGCAAUCAAUCCACAACUUGCCGUGAAUUUAGCUAGUCGGUACAAGUUGAAACAUUUGAAUGAAGUCCUACAAAAGCUCAUUGUUGCGAAUCCUACACCAAGUAUUCCAUACUCUGAUACCGUCCAAUACUUUAUUGGAAUUAAUGCAGUAGGCAAUAUGCCUAGCCAUGAGCUCUUGUUUUGGGAGGUUGUUUCGCCGAUUGAUGCGAUUUCCUUGUUCUUACCUCCAUUUGGAAAGAAUCCUUUCAUAUUGCAGUACACAAUGAGAUCGUUAGAGCAUCAUGACGUGAAUUUGACAUUUUUUUAUGUGCCACAGAUUGUUCAAUCAUUGAGGUUCGAUGUCAAAGGUUACGUAAGAAGAUUCAUACUUGAAACUGCUCGUGUAUCCCAGUUGUUUGCUCACCAAAUCAUAUGGAAUAUGUUGGCAAAUAGCUAUAAAGAUGAAGAAUCUACAGAACCAGAUUCUUUGAAGCCUACAUUAGACAAGAUUCAGGAAACUAUGCUAAAAAGCCUCAGUCCUGGGGAUUUGACAUUUUACGAACGGGAAUUUGGUUUUUUUAACGAGGUUACCUCUAUUUCUGGUAAGUUGAAACCCUACAUCAAGAAAUCAAAGGCGGAAAAAAAGAUGAAAAUUGAUGAAGAAAUGGCGAAGAUUGAACUUCAACCUGGUGUUUACUUGCCAAGUAAUCCUGAUGGCGUCCUUGUUGACAUCAAUCGAAAAUCAGGAAAACCUUUGCAAUCUCAUGCAAAAGCACCGUUUAUGGCAACUUUCAAAAUCCGCAAGGAAGUGGAUGACUUUGAUGAGUAUGGGAACAUCGUCUCUGUACCAAUCGAAAAAUGGCAAAGUGCCAUUUUCAAAGUGGGUGAUGACUGUCGACAAGAUGUCUUGGCAUUGCAAUUAAUUUCCGUGUUUCGAACAAUUUGGCUCAAUGCCGGCCUAGAUCUUUACGUGUUCCCUUAUCGUGUGACAGCUACAGCCCCUGGAUGUGGUGUUAUCGAUGUCUUGCCUAAUUCCACUAGUAGGGAUAUGCUCGGUAGAGAGGCCGUAAAUGGGUUGUAUGAAUACUACACCACGAAAUUUGGACCUGAAAGCUCGAUUGAAUUUCAGCAAGCUAGAAACAACUUGAUUAGAUCCCUUGCAGCAUACUCGAUCAUUUCCUUCUUGCUUCAGUUCAAAGACAGGCACAACGGAAAUAUUAUGUAUGACGAUCAGGGCCAUGUGUUACAUAUUGACUUUGGAUUUUGUUUUGAUAUUGUGCCUGGAGGUGUGAAGUUUGAGGCAGUACCUUUCAAGUUAACCAAAGAAAUGGUGAUGGUCUUGGGAGGCUCUAACUCUACUCAGGCCUUCAAAUGGUUCGAAGAACUAUGUAUCAAGGGAUAUCUUGCUUGCAGGCCAUACAUGGAAUUGAUUGUUCGUUGUGUGAAGCCAAUGUUGGAGAGUGGAUUGCCAUGUUUUAAAGAUUCGACAAUUAAAAAAUUGAGGAAACGCUUCGUACCAACCAAAUCCGAGAAAGAAGCUGCGCUAUACUUCAAAGGCUUGAUUAAUAAGUCCUACGAAAGUUUCUACACCACUGGGUACGACGAGUUCCAAAGGCUCACGAAUGGCAUUCCUUAUUAG